AUGAUCAAAUUCGUUUGCGCGUGUCGCUUCAAAAAAAACAGCGUUGUCGCAACCACUGUGAGGCUGUUUAAACGUAUUAAAGUUAGUCCAUUAAAGGAUGAGGUUAUGAAGAGAAGCAUUUGGAAGGCGCAGGGGAAGGUAACUGUGGAUGAUGCUUUGCAGCACUUCACCAAGUCGGAGUUGUUUUUUCUCUUCUUCGUUCCAUUUACCUUUGUGUCCGGCUAUAUUGUGGCCAUGUGGACCCUCUUCAAGUAUAUCUGUGACAUUAGGGAUAUUGAACACUUCAUAAGAACGGCGCGCUGGCUGAAUGGGAAGGAGCCCUACCCGUUUCAGUACCCGCGGGCGGAGCGCAGAGCGAGGAGCCUCGAAGGGGGCAAACCCAUCAUCGUGGCGGUGAAGAAGUUCGAGUAG